AUGAACCAAGCGCGGCAAAAUUUCUAUAGACAGUUUAUCUCAGAGAACAGUCAAGAUCAGAGGAAACUAUUUCGUGCAACUAAAGGUCUUUUUAGACAUGAUUCUGAUCUUGCCUUUCCCCACUAUAACGACAGCAAUGCUCUCUCUAAUGAUUUAGGACAAUUCUUUGCUCAAAAGAUUAUCAAUAUUUGCUCUGAACUUGAUACAGCAUCAACCUAUGAACAAGCAGUUUUUUCUGACAUGCCGUCGGUCUCACUGAACAGUGACCAGAUUUAUCAAGAAUUUUCUCCUAUGAGCGAUGAAGAUACUGAACGGCUAAUAACCUCGUCAAACAAGAAAUCUUGUUCCUUGGAUCCUAUCCCAACUAAAUUGGUCGUCGAAUGCCUGGAUGUUCUUCUGCCUGUUAUUACCAAAAUGAUUAACCUUUCACUAGAGUCUGGCAUUUUCCCAUGUGUUUGGAAAGAGGCUGAUGUCCAGCCAAGACUCAAGAAGCAAGGCUUGGAAGUAAUAUUUGAAAACCUACGACCUAUCUCCAACCUCCCAUACGUUUCAAAACUAGUCGAAAGGACAGUUUACAAUCAAUCCCAUAAUCAUCUAUCAGUUCAUCAUUUGUACCCUGGUAAUCAAUCGGCAUAUUGA